CAUUGAAUUCAGUAAACAUAAGGUUGGACUGGAAGGUAGCGUCAGCGAUCACAUCGGAAGCCACUGAUACACGCCGGGUCUCUCUAUCCUAUUCGUUGUGAGACUGAUAAACCAUGAAGAGUGUUUCAUUUAUGUACCUUUUUGUGUAUUAUCUCUUCUUCAACCAUGUGCAUGCCCAGUUUAGGCAUGGUAUAGGUAUGUGGGGAGGAAGCUUCACUGGAAAUUCAAACCUGGAGAUGAAUGGAUCUGGAUCCUUUGGAAAGAUUUUCACUGGGGUUUCUAACCAAGGGAUGUCAUCCAGUUCUGGAUUUUUAGACCCCGUGCAGUCGGUGAAACAGGCAAUGGCAAAGGCAUCCGUCAACAUGAACCCGAUGAAUACCUUCCCGUCACCACAACAAAUCAUGGCUAGAGCAUCUGUCAGCCUGGAUCCAAUGAGUGUGCCAAAUGAGGGGAAAUCUUCUAAAUCGAACAUGAACUUGUUCGAUCCCAUUCAACCUGUGCAAGUUGUGUCAAAGUCAUCAUUCAACGUCGAUCCAAUGAGAUUUGAAAAUCACGAUCAACGUUUGCAGUCUGAACCUGAAUUUUUCAAUCCGUCACAGUCAGUACACAAGGUUUUCAUAAAGUCGUCAACAAACCGUCACACUUUCAGAACUAGCAAUGGGGUUCAAACAGAAACGCCACAUAAUAAUCCUGGUGCCUUUUCUACUCGGAAUCCUGUGUUUCCAUCAUUGAAACGAGGUUCAUUUGGACCCGCAAUAGCAAGUGUUCCCGGUGCAUUUGACUUGGCUGUUUCUGGAAUAACCGUAAAGAAUAUUGAACCUGCACCGGGGGUUACUCAAGCACCAAAAGAACAACCCGCAGAUCACAACACACCUAAGGCGACAGGUAGCUUUCGUCAGGAAGCUUUUACUACACCUUCAACUAUAAAGCUUUUAGUGAAGGGUGUAAAAGAAGUAAGAAAAGAGACGGACUCCACUCUGUCAGAACCUAUAUGUAUACAAAUACCGGACACAGAAUACAACACUCUCUGUCUCAUGAAAACAAAAGGAAUAAAUGAGACAAGAGAAAAGCAUAUUAUCAUACCGAAGUUUCUGAACAAGAAGGAAACAGUCAAGGAGACCUUCAUCAAGGCUGACAACCUGGUUUCCAUCAUUGCUCAAGGAGUGUGUGCUUUUUGUUGUCAUGCAUCUCCAAGUGAACAGAACAAAUGUUUCAAACUAUUUUGUAAAACCAAAACCAACUGUUGAUGUGGAUUAUAAAACUUCCCAUUCAUGCGAUUCGUAAAUACAUUUCAUCAAAACAAUUUGUAUUCUGUAGUGUAACAUUAAUAUGCUACAAAUAUUUUACAUCAAUGACAUUUUCAUAUUUUUGCGAAAUCAAUGCAUCAAACUUGAAUAGCUAUAUAGGCAAUACAUAUUUUCAAAAUGAAAAGAUUUAACAGGCAUGUAUAUAUUAUAUAUAUCAGUAUUUUGACUGUUUUAGAAUUUAUCAAUUGUAACUCAUUUUAGGAAGAUCUGUGAAAAUGUACUUCGCACACCGUAUCACUAUAUCCAUAACUUCGAACUCAUUAUGUGUAUAUUGUAUUCCACUCUAUUCUGCGUUAAUGCAUAUGAUUCAUUUUGUGCAUAUUUUGAUACAAUAUCAGUUUCUCAUUUA